CUUUGUGCAGGGCCUGUCGGGAUUUCCCAGGGCUGCAGACUGAGGGCAGAGUUAGCAACGCCUCCACCGUCCUGGGACUUUAAAACCAGAAAGUCAAGGAUGAUGCUGAGGGACACUGGGAAGUCCUGGAAUGACAGCCAGUCAGACCUCUGUAGCAGCGACCAGGAAGAGGAAGAGGAGAUGGUUUUUGGGGAAAAUGAAGACGAUUUGGAGGAGAUGAUGGAUUUAAGCGAUCUGCCUACCUCGCUGUUUGCCUGCAGUGUCCACGAAGCAGUGUUUGAAGUCCAGGAGCAGAAGGAGAGAUUCGAGGCACUUUUCACCAUCUAUGAUGACCAAGUUACAUUUCAGCUGUUCAAAAGCUUUAGAAGAGUCAGGAUAAACUUCAGCAAGCCCGAAGCGGCGGCAAGAGCGCGAAUAGAACUCCACGAGACCGACUUCGGCGGGAGGAAGCUGAAGCUGUACUUCGCACAGGUGCAGGUGUCCAGUGAAGUGCGGGACAAGUCGUACUUGCUGCCGCCCCAGCCUGCCAAGCAGUUUCUCAUCUCCCCGCCAGCGUCGCCCCCAGUGGGCUGGAAGCAGAGUGAAGAUGCAGUGCCUGUUAUAAAUUACGAUCUACUCUGCGCUGUUUCCAAGCUGGGGCCAGGAGAGAAGUAUGAACUGCACGCGGGAACCGAGUCAACACCCAGCGUGGUGGUUCACGUCUGUGAAAGUGAAACUGAGGAGGAAGAGGAGACAAAAAAUCCCAAGCAGAAAAUCACCCAGACCAGGCGCCCCGAGCCUCCGACCACAGCGCUGAAUGGGCGCCCGACCUUCGACUGCGCGCUGUGAGGUCUGUGGUAUGGGAGGCAGCUGCCCUCCCGGGCCGCACUCAUGGGGACCCGACCUUCCGCUGAUGGCCUAGGUAGGGCGGUGGAGAACCGGGCACAGCCGCGGUAGUGUAGGGCAGCAGCUGGUUCACCUGCUCACGGUGGUGAGGGUGUUCUCAGUGGCGCUCUGCAGUAAAGCAUUGCCAUCCACCUGAAAGUGGUGAGUGAUAGCAGGUUAGGAGAAUGCCCCUCCCCACUCGCCCUCAUUCCCUAGAGCAUGGGAUACGAAAGACGGGCACAGCAUCAUCCAGUGCAGUACCAUCUUUAUGAAUUUCAAAACUCUUGAAAUUUUAAUAGCCUAGUGUGGUUAUUUUUGUAUACCGGCUCCUAGCUAAUAUAUUGAGCAAAAGGUAAUUGUUUGGUAUUCAUGAGAUUUUCUUCAUGGAAAGAAACCUGAGAUGCAGAAUUUUCUAUAGAAAUCCUUUUUCUCAAGGAAUUUCUCCAGUAGCUUUGGGAAGAAAUGCCAGAUCCACUCAGCUGGUGAGAACCAAGUGGCCCUCAACCCCAUGGUGUACAGGCCACUGUUCCUUAUGAGUUGUUCCACCUGAGCGUGACUGCCCCAAAAGAGCCGCCACUUGGCACGUGGGCCGGUCCCCAGCAGACGAGGCCGCUGUGGAUUCAGACGGCUGCCGCACCCCGCCACGCGUGUCUGUGUUCUGGCCUGCAGCACACCGAGCUGUCUUCACUCAGCAGCUUCCUGCCCUAUGGCUUUCUCCAGUGUCGUGUUAACCGUGGGUGUGUGUGUUCUGUACGUACAUUUCUGUGUGUUGUCUGUAGAUUUUCAGUGAGAAAAGGUAGUAAGAUUAUCUGAAGACCAUUUAUAAAUCAUCCACUGAAACCUUUUCCAGCUUGCUUUGGAAGGAAAGUCACAUGUGCUGUUUUUCUGUGGAUCGGGAAAGGGAAGCGAUCACCUACUCACUCUUCCCUUAGUGAUGGCAUUUGUCACUCUGGCUUACUUUACCAUGGGCAUUUUUCCCUAAAAUACAGUUGGCUCUCACUUAAGUUGCAGAAUGUGUAAUUGACCCUUAUAAUGUUGACGCAGCAUCCUUUUAACUUUUGUGGUCUCUUCAGGCUUUGGAGAGCCUCCUGUCGAAAUGGCUGGUCUGUGGGGCAGGUAUCCAUGGGUGACCCAAUGUCACUGCCAUCACAGAGAAAAAUGCAGAAGUUCCAGCCUGGUAUCUGUAUAUUUUUGGUAGCAUGUUAUUGUGGUUUAGUUCUUCUCAGAGUAGAAUUUAUUGCUGAAGGCAUUAUAUUAUAUACACAUAAUAAAGUUUUCUGUAUUUUCCUUGCCCUCUGAUACUCUGAGGUAAUAACUGUAUUUGUAUAGGUCCACCACUGCUAAACUUCAAUGUAAAUUCAGCUGGAAUUUGUAAUUCCAUACAAAAUUAAUAUAUUGAAAUCAGACCAUUUGUCAGUUAAACUGAUGGCCACUUAAUAAAUUUAUUUUGCAGUCCUGAACUCAGCAUUUUGCUCAUUUUUGCUUGCAGGGUGGUCCCUGUCUUCCAGGAGAUGUAUGCAUUUUCACCACUUGGGAUGUUUAAAAUUUCUUCUUAGGUGAUAUUAUUCAUUACUGUUUUCUAAGUGUUCAAAACCCAUACUUCAUUUGGGUUGGCUUUCACUCUCUGCCUCCUGAUUAAAGAAUAUUCUGUCCCUUGGAAGAUACCUGUCUCCCUGCGCCUCUCACGCUGCCUUUCAAAUAAAUAAGUAAGUAGAUGAAUAAAUCUUUUUUUAAAAGUUUUACAUGUUAGGGGUAGAAUACUCUUUUUUUUUUAAACUCAAGCAGUGCAGAGUACCUAAUGUUUUUCUGUUCUUUGAGAGUAUUGAAUAAAUCAAAAGUUUAAAACAAAAUUUAAUAUAUAUUAAAGAGAGUGUGUCAUAUAAACACUUCUGAGUGGGGAACAUUAAUGUUUCCUUUCUUGUUAGUAUAUUUCCAGAAAGUGAAUUCUAAAAAAAAAAAAACAAAUACCAGUCAACUCCUUCAGUGUUGUGAAAUCAGCCAGGAUCAACACUCAUUGUGGUCUCUGUCCUUUUGUGGCUGUUUCUUACCCAGUGUGUGCAACCAUUGUGCAGGAGAUGAGCCCCAUGGGUUUUUUUUUUUUAAGGUUUAUUUAUUUAUUUACUUGAAAGAGUUAGAGAGAGGCAGAGAGAGAAAGUCUUCCAUCUGCUGGUUCACUCCCCAGAUGGCCACAAUAGCUAGAGCUGAGCCAAUCUGAAGUCAGGAGCUUCUUCUGGGUCUUCCACGUGGGCACAUGGUUGCAGGGACCCAAGACUUGGGCCAUCUUCCACUGCUUUCCCAGGCCAUAGCAGAGAGCUAGAUCGGAAGUGGAGCAGCUGGGACCGCAGGUGGCUUUAUCUGCUAUGCCACAGCACAGCCCCAAGUUGUUUUAAUGUUUAUCUCCAUUUUUUUCUUUAAAAUUGAGUUAGUAUCUAGAUUUAACUGACAAAUACAAGGGCACUUCAAAAAAUUCAUGGAAAAUGGAAUUGAAAGAUAUUUGAUGCAAAAAAAUUUUGAAAUCUAUAUAUAUAUAUUUCUUCAAAAAGUUCGUGGAAAUGCAUAUUAUUUAAAAACUAUGAAUUUCAAAAAAGUUUUGCACCAAAAUAAAAUAGUUUUAAUUCCAUUUUUUCCAUAAACUCUUUGAAGUACCCUUUUAGCUCCAUUUUCUUUAGAAAUCAUAACCUCUUCGUGGGAGUUAAAUUAUGUAGAAAACUGUGAGGAAAGAUAAUAGUGAUGGAAGACAAUGGCUUUGUGAGAGAAAAAGACAGGAAUGAAGGGUAAAGAAACUGGACGCUUAACAGGGAUUGGCCGCAGAAUCUAUGAUGUGCUCCCUGGUGAUGCUGGAGGCAAACCCGCCUAAAAAGGGUGCUGGUGAGCGUGUCCUGGGCUUAAGGUGCUGGGAGGCAGAAAUGGGUAGGAACAGUUCCCUCACCCUGGAGAGCUUGAGGCUCCAGAGAGCUGAUUUUAACACAAAACCCGGCAGCAGUUCAGAGCCAAGUCAAGACUGCAAGGUCCUUUUGAAGUUCAGCGUGCAGGCUUGAACAGAACGCUGCACUUGUUGAUGAGCUGUUGGAGUUGAAGAGCUACCAGAGGUCUCCGUCUUUUAAAACGGUCAUUACUCUUAGGUGAGCAGAUUUGAUUCUCCGGAAUCUGAGCCGGCUGAGAUGCCUGCGGAGGUCACAGCGCAUGAUGUUACACUCGUCCAGGAGUUCCAGGGCGGGCUGAGGGGGCGUUUGUGGGACCUGCCGAGGCUCCCGGGACAAGAGUUGGCUGUCUUGGCCCCUGCACAGGAGCUGCUGCUGUUUUUUUCUUGUGUCGGCCUCUGAAAGAGGUGAUGAAUUCUAAUCCCUGGCAUCAGGGAAACAAAGAUGGGGCUGGGGAUUGUUUUCUCCUGAGAGGAUGGCUAAGACACCAGUGAGAAAAUCCGAUCUGGUGACAGUGUUGACUUGGUGAUUUUCUUAAUGAAGCUGAUGUUCCCUGUUUUCUGUUAUCACGGAACUCUUGGGGUCACAAUCUGCUUACAUAAUGUUAUCUUGGUAGCCAGCAAUUGGUUGGCAUUUUAAUAUAGACUUUUCUAUAUUUCCAUACUAGUGAAAUUAAAAUGUAAUCGCACUUAAGAGGUGACUCUGAUGAAGCAGAAUGAGAUCCAUGGGACUCAGAAAUAAAGACUUGUGGAGAAAGGACACUGUCACGCAGUGUAAAAGUGAGCUCUGUUCAGGAUUAAAGACUGCUGCUUUGUAUUUAAAAUCUCAAACAUAAUUAAACAAUGGUACCAAAUUUUGUAACAUGCCAGGCUCAGUGUCCACUGGGUUCUCUUACCCAUAGUUGUGGACCUCACAUCCACCAUGCAAGGUGACCUUGGUCCUCCUUUCUUUCUUCCUCUCCUGCCCUCCAUUCCUGCACAGUUGCAUUUACAUGUUUCUGGACUGAAGACCAGUUACUGAAAAUCUGUAUGACAAAUAGAGGAACAGAAGCCCUGGGAAGCAGUUAUCCCUAGCUGGGGAGGUACAGUCCAUGUUAUGGAAACUCAUCUUUGACAAAGUUAAAGAAGUUUAAAGAAUGAGAUUUACCAACAAUUUGACAAAUAUUCACUUGUUUUUUAAGCUGUGGUUGGAGCAUAGGUCAGUGAGAACAUCUUUGUCACGGUGCCACUGUUUUCUUGAAUCACAAAACAAGGGAAAAUGUUAAUAAUAUGGAGAGUGUUGUUAUCACCAAAUGACGAGCUGAGGCAGCUGAAAGCAACAUCUGCUAAUAAUAAGUUCACUGACCAAAAAGACUGUAAAAAUCAUCGUGUUCAGAGUGCUCUCCUGCCGAGGUUAAGAACUAACCUUGGUUAAGUCAGGCACUGCAUAUCUGAUUUUACUAGUCUAUAGUAGUGUGUUGAUUGUCAACAUUAAAUUAGAUUCACAGUCUGCCUUGCAAACCUACAUUUCCUUUUGAAGCAGUUACAGCCUGCAGACUCUUGGAACCACUGCCGAUCUCUGAAUAUGGACGAUUUCUAUCUAUCUAUGCAGAUAAUGUCUGUCUGUCUACAUUGUUCCCACUGUAGGCCCCAGUCUCCCUGACUCGGACUGGGUGCUGAGGAGAAAGGUGGCAAUCCUGGUCACAUGCAGUAUCCCUCCUCCUGCUCCUCAGCCCCGAGUAAGUGUUGACCCACGCUUCUGCUGUACUCUGCACACCCCGCAAGCUGAAGAAAAGUGUCUCAGCCAUUUCACUUCGAACUCAGAAGUUGAAUUGAUUAUGUUACCGGAACAUAUGUGUGAUUUUGUGUUAUAUUUGGGGGCACUUUACCGGUCUGGUAGUGUAAGCCAUGGUGAAUACUCACUGGACUUCAGUCACUCACGUACAUGUGUUUCCUACUCCGGGUGUCCCAAGUGGCCGAGUUUGUAGUAUGUUCAUUGUCAAGUUUAACCCUCCUGUGUUGUGAGGGCCUUUAAGCAUUCCUCAUCCUAUCAAAGUGACAAAAGCAGAAAGUAAUUUUUUUGGAAGCUUUGUGAU